GGGUGGGGGAAGAGGCGAGCGCACAUACGCAUCAAUUUGUACAGUUCAGUUUUUUCCACGCCGCGACCGAGAAGAUUUCAGCCGCAUUGUUGCUAUCGCCCGGUUGCUGCUGCUGCUUUGUGUGUGCGCGCGUGUGUGUAUACGUGUGUGUGCAACAUGAGGCGGCGCGCGUUGCGAGAAAAGACGACAAAAAGGAGGGCGAGGAAGGAAAAAGGGGGAGUGAGAGCAGCAGCGGCGGCAGCAGCACGCAUCGCUGGAUAUUAAAGCUUUCCCCGUGGCCUAUCACUUGAGAGAGUAAGCAACUGCAGAAUCAACCUAUUCAGUCCAAGUAAUGGCUUGUGUCGUAAAAUGGACGCUGUAAGGAAGAAAUCAUGAAAACACGGACGCACAAAGAAUCGGUGCCCAUGCGCAGUGGGCGGCGGCGGGGAGCGAGCGAGGAGAGGAGGGGUCGACGCCCGCAUGCGAGCCCAACGCGCCCCGAGCGCAACGAUAGACAAACGCCAAGAGGUGGCGGUGAGGAACUGGCCGGGAAUCGCUUCAGUCGCAGAUCACAAGGCCAUGAUUCAUCAGAGAGCGAGGGGGAGGAACUCGUGUCUCCUGCAAAAAGGCAGAAAGUUCAGGAUUCGGCAGCCACCCCAAACCCUCCAACAUCAACACACGCCGCUGACAUCUUGGCUCCCUCGGCUGUCCCGCCUCCUACCUCUGCGGCCAGCCAAUCCCGUGAGAGUGACAAUGAGGACGGCCAAUCCCAGGGCAGCAGGAGUUCAGUUGUGGGGAGUCUGGCCAAUAGCAGCAGCAGUUUGAGCAGCGGGCGGGACAUCGACCAGGACAAUCGUUCCUCAUCCCCGAGUCUCUCCGCUUCCCCCCUGGGUAGCCUCGACUCUGAUUCCGAGGGCCCAGACUCACCAAAGCAAGGAGAGAGGGGACGGGAGAAAAACAAAGAUGGAGGAGCAGGAAGCAUGUCCGCAGAGGACAGAAGGGCAAUACGGGAGCGGAGAGGGGAGGAUCCCUGCGGAGACGAACAAAAGACGGAUACAGAUGCACGAAUUGAGGACUGUACACUUAAGCCUAUCCAUCCUUGCCCCUCCUCUGGUCUCAAUUCCUCAGUUCGUGGCGCUAGAGAUUCUUCAAAUGACAGCAAUGGUGGGAGGAAGUCGUAUUUCUCCCUGGACUCCAAACUCAUCUCUAAAGUGGAGUACGGUGGACCAACAGGCACCGAUGCGGUGCCGAGUGGCAACAGAGUCAAUUCCAAAGCCAACACACAAUGUGUGACAAAGACAUCUGCCGCAGGUGGAGAUUUUUCCCAUAACAGCCCCGGCAUUCCACACUCUUUGCCCCCACCUCUUCCUCCUCCACCUGCUCUAAAACCACUGGAGCUUGGGGGACAAAACCUUCCCCCCGAGGUUAAAAUAGAAAGAGACAAAAUGGAAAAGGCAGAAAAGCACCUGGACAAGGCCCAGUCCACGCCUCCUUCUCUGCUACAGACUGGGCCUCAGCCACAAUCUCAAUCACAACCCCAAACCAACACCCACCCCCAUCAUUACAGCUCCCCCAGCUGGCAGGGUGGCACAGCAACCGGUUGCCAGGGGAGUUGGGGCUACACCCGUUACCCUGGCAACCACCACCCACACCAGCAUCAGCCCCCAGUGCAGCAACAGCAACUUCCCUCAGUUUACAACCCUCCUUCCUCUCGACACUCCUCCUCUCACUCCUCUUACCUCCCCCAUCCACAUCCUCACCCCCACAGGGAGUACCUUAACAGGUAUGCCGGAGGGGGAGGGGACAGAGAGAGGGCGGCUGCAGGAGACAGGGAGAGGGGAGUGAGAGGUGAGUGUGUAUCGAGGGAGCUUAACAGGGAGUUUUCUGCUCCCAUGGGUAACAACAGAGACACUAGUAGUGGGGGUAAUGGUAGUGGCCCAAAUAGCAUCCAAGGCAGGGAGUUUUCGGGUAUGUCCGUGGGUCAGAACCGGGAGUUCCAAGGCUCUGGAAGAGAUGGAGCUUCUAACAUUGGUCCUGAUAGAAAAGACUUUGUUCCAGCUUUCCGUGACAGAGAGCAAGACAGAGAACGUGAUGCAGGAAGAGAGUUUUCCAUGCCAAACCAAAACCAGAGCAGAGACUUUGGCCCCAACGGAGCUGGAGGGGGCCAUUCCAGAGAAAAAGACAGAGGCAGAUGGGGUGAGUUUGGAAACCAAACAAGAGAAGUUGGAGGAACCUGUAACCCAAAUAACAACUCAAUCUCUCAAGGAAACCAUCCAAGUUCAAAUAGUGGACUACCUGUGAACCCCAUUCUCAGCCGAGACCCACCGGCAUCACCCCAAAACACCAAUAACCACCCAUCUCAUUCUUCCCUGCCCCCACACUCGCACCCCACAAACUUAGCCAGUCGGGAGUUUCCUCCUACCAUGGAACAGGCACAAACCCCUUCUUCUGCCGCUGACCCUUUUCACAGAGAGUAUCCUCCCACUGGUGGGAAAGACUUCAAUGCAGGGAGACCUCCCUCCGCUGGAACUAAUAGAGAUUAUCUCAGCCCACCUGGCGUUACUUCUAAUCUGGUAAGAGAGUUUUCAGGGCCUGGUGGGAUCCAAAAUCCUCACCCUCCCCAUCCCCACUACCAGUCUGGACCAAGAGACAGAGAGAGGGAGUCAAACUUGCGAGAGUCUACACUAUACCAAAGCCGUGGAGGUCCAAAUCAAUCUCCUGCUCUCUCUCCAUCCUCCUCAACCAGUCACGGACACCCUUCAAAUGCUACCUAUCCCCCUCCACCACCACCACAACCUCCAAUGCCCCCAUCCCAGUCUUCUCAUGCCCAGCAACUCCCACCAGGUAUGGCACCCAAUGUUCGCCCCCCACUCUACCAGUCAUCUUCCCAGACUCCUCCGACACAUGUAUCUCCACUACCAAGCCCAUCUACUAAUCAGAUGGCAGGAUUCUCAUCUUUUCCCCCUGGAUCCACCUCCGCACCAAACAUGCCAUUUUCAGGGCCUGGCGUUUCAUCCAGCUGUUCACCCGGAUGCCGCCCUUCCCCUUUACAUGGCACCUUGAACAGCCACCCAAGCUUCAGUGGCACAUACCAUUCUAACGGAAGCAGCGGCAACAGCCUGGCUAACAGCAAUAGCAACAGUGGCACACCCACUAACAGCAAUACCAACUCCCAAUCGCCUCAGAAUGUCUCCAAGGGGCCUCCGCCGCUCACGAAUAGCGUUACAACACCUGCUCCCAGCUUAGCGCAACCUGGUGGAGACGGCCAUCCAGAUUCUGGUCCACCCCCAGCACCUGUCAUUAAAGAGGAACCACUAGAAGAAAGGGAAGAGAGUGAAAGUCCACCACCAGUGUUAAGAAGUCCGUCUCCUGAACCUAAGCCUGUAGACAUUCCCAUCCACGCUAGCCAGUCAGCAAGGUUUCACAAAGUCCUUGACCGUGGUAGCGGCAACUCCUGUGCCCGCAGCGAUGUCCUCUUUGUUCCAUUGGACGGAUCCAAAUUAUGGAAGAAGAGGAAUGAGGUGAUAGAAAGAGCUCGGAGGGAGGUUGAGCAACGUGCCAGAGACAUAAGAGAAAAAGAGAGAGAACGAGAAAGGGAGCGGGAGAGGGAGCUGGAUCGCCAUCUACAGCAACAAAAAGAUGCCAAUGCAGCAGCCCGUCAGGGAUCUUCCCUGUUCUUCCCCUCUUCGCCCUCCAUCAUCCUCGAUCCUUCAUCGUCUUCCUCCUGUCCGGGAAACCCGUCUGGCCACCCUUCACAUCACGUUCAGCAUCAUCCCUCGCAUCCACAUGCACACCUUCCUCCGGCACACCACCUCCAUCCCAGCCUCUCUCACACUAUCCCCCACUCUCUUCUGCUUCCAUCCAUGGCUGGGGCAUCAGCAGUAGUUGGGGGCCCUCAGGGUGCUCUGGGAAUUGGUAUAGGCGGUCCUUAUCUUGGUCCUGAUACCCCAGCUCUAAGAACCCUUAGCGAGUAUGCUCGCCCUCAUGCAAUGUCUCCCCUCGGGGCAGCAAGUCGAGCCCAAGCACACCACGCUCAAAUUCAUCAUGGUCAUCCUCACGUCCAUCCCUCGUUCUUUCUUCCCCAAUUCCAAAAUCAUGCAAUCGCCCAUCCACAUCACCUACCUACUGAUGCAGCAACAGCUGCGGCCAUCUUGGGCUUCCUGUAUGGUGGCAGCCUGGAAGGGAACCCAGGUAUCGGGGGCCACCCUGGGGUAGGAGGAGGACCGGUUCCAGGUGGGAUUGGGUCUUCAGGGUUAGGAGGAGUUGGCUUUCCUCAUGCGGUCGCUGCUCACCGGGAUCGCAUGAAGCCGGGAUUUGAGUUUAAGAGUGAUGAACGGGUCUACCCGCCGGGGUCCAUUCACGAUCCUGCAGCUCUUGCCCUUGCUCACUCUCAUUCUCACGCCAAUGCCCAUACCCAUGCACAUGCACAUGCCCACUCCUUGCUCCUUGGGGGAGGUGGAGCAGGAGCUAAUGAGGUGUCACUCUAUUGCACACCACCUCCAGCUCCAACCGGCCCACCGCACCUCCAAAACCCGCCACUGGCCCCGGUAACUCGCCCUGCAAACCCUUCUGCCCCGCAGUCAAUGCCCAAUCCACCUCCUUCAUCGCUCCUACCACCUUCGCACCCUUCUCACCCUUCAUCUGCACCACCCCUUGCUGCCCCGCCUUCUGCAGCCCCUGUUGCACCUCCAGUGGCUCCCCCUCCUCCACCCGCUCCGCCAACCUCCAGUGCCACCUCAGUUCAUCACCCAGCCCCCAAUUCUUCUUUUCCUAGUUCCCUGUCCUCUCAUCAACCGUCAGCCCCAGCCAGUUCAGAGUCUUACCCACCUCCCGCUCGGUCUCCGGCUUCCUUCGAGCGGGACCGCAGCGGAGAACGGGAGCGGGAUAGGGAGCGAGAAAGGGAACGGGACAGGACGGCAUUGCCAGCCUUUGCGGAAAGGGAGCGUGGGAGAGAGCGAGAGAGGGAAAGGGGAGGAAGCGGAGGGGGAGGAGCAGGAGGAGGCAACGCCAAUGGAGGCGCCACAGGUGGAGGAAGCGGAGGAGAAAAUGCGGGUCGUGUCCAGAUGCUGAAUGUGACGCCCCACCAUCACCAGCAUUCACACAUCCACUCGCACCUUCACCUGCACCAACAAGACACAGCGGCGGGCGGGGUUCACCCCCUGAUGGACCCGCUGGCGUCAGGGUCUCCUUUGGCGCGGCUUCCUUACCCAGGAGCGACAAUAGGCACCCCCAUCCUGGCUCACCCCCUCACUGACAGCGAGGUGCUUCGCCAACAGCUGUUUGGUGAGGAGAAGACUCCUCGUCCAUGUGCUCCUUUCCGUGACAUGCCCCAACCAUCCUCCCUCACUGGUCCAAUGUCGGCAGCCCAUCAGCUCCAGGCCAUGCAGCAGGCCCAGAGCGCAGAGCUGCAGAUCCAGAGACUGGCCCUGGAACAGCAGUGGAUUCAUCACCAUCACCACCACUCCCUCACCCAGGACGAGUACUACAGUCACCUGAAGAAAGAGAGUGACAAGACCCUGUGAGGGAGGAGCCAAGAAGGAGUGGCGCAGAGGAGGAGAAAAAAAAACGAAGGAAGAUAAAAGCACUAAAAACUGUGACGAGACAAAGUUGGACAGGGGAAUUUACAAACCGUCGAGUACACCCUGUUGAAGUUCCAGACUCUUUUUCUGCAUUGUGUUCUUGAACUUCAGCCCUGUUUUGUAUUGUGCUCUGUACAGUGUAUGGAUUAGAUGGGGGCGGCGAUAGUAUGAGUAAUGUGUAAAAUACUUGAUGCCAGACGGAAUGUGUACAUGAGUCUUUUUAAUGUCAUUGCAUGUAGAUUUAGAGCUCACUCAGAUCUGGUGGAACUUUUGGUUCUUCAUUUUAGUAAAAAAAACGGAAAAAAAAACACCCUCAUUUGUACCUGAGGGUUCUAUAUGCAUGAGACCAGUCGUUUCUCUUCUGUUCUGUUUAAAACAGUAUUGUUAUUAUUAUUAUGUCGUCUGUUUGUUGAUAAUGAUAUAAUUAUAUAUACACACAGUACAUAUUAUUUGUAUUAUUUUUUUACAUUUUCAUGGUAUGACUGUCGGUCUUUAUUUUUAUUUUAAAUGGAACUUGUGAAACAAGAUGAGAACGAAAGCAAAAAAACAAAUCUGGAAAUAAAUGAUCUCUUUUUUGCUACGUUU